AUGUAUGUUUAUGAAAGAUUCUGGGUGAACCAAGUAAUUUUGAUCUUGGUUCUCCUGGUUACAUUGACAGUUGGUCAAAUACCGAACGUUACUAUUGAUGAAAAUACUACAGGAUUAGGAGCGCUAUACGCCGAUUCUUCGCACCCUGACAAUACUAUUGUAUUUAGGUUAGCCCGUUAUGAAGCAGUAACCGGUUGUAAUGAAGCAAUCAUUAUGUUCCGUACUAUCACAGCCGAAGGUAUAGUAACGCCAUUUAAUUUAGCAGGCGAAGAUAUCGCUGAUAUUAGUCCAACAAAUUUUUGUCGAUCGCCAAAUGAUGUUACACCCAAAGGAACGCCUGAUGAUUCACCUAAAGGAACUCCUGAUGAUUCACCUGAUGAUUCACCCAAAGGAACGGCUAAAUCACCUGCACCCGUCCCAGAUAGAAUUGGAGUUCUCACUUUCGCCGACAAUCUUAUCCUCCUCUACUUUCAAUGUGGAACUGAUGUGUUAUUGACCUGCGGCAAUAUAUAUUUAAAAUAUGACAUAAGAACCCCCCUUCAAAAGAUAAGGUUUGAAGAGCAUUGCACUGAAUAUAAUGCAAUAAGAGGACAAAAUGGAUUUCUCUUUCUGUGUUAUACUGGUUCGACACUUUCAUGGCAAAACUGGGUAAUUAAUGAAAGUCUGAUAAAAAGAAUUAAUUAUGGAGAAAUUACAGAAGUUAAUGAAUCACUUAAAGGAUCACUUGUGAAAGUGUUCCCAGUUGGUCCAGGCAGUUAUUCAGUCGUGAUUGGCUCUUAUAAACAGUAUACGGCUAAAAAUCUCUACAUUCCUCCCAUUGGCUUGGCGGCUUAUUUUUUAACAAGUGAAAGUGAAUUUUACAACGGUCCCUUUAAUAUAUAUUAUAAUCUUGGACAAGGUGAAACGGACGAAGUUAAAUUUGCGAUUCAGGUUUGCCAUGCUCAAGUUGGAGGUUAUGGCUACCGAUGCCUAAUAACGAUAAAAAGGGAUCCCAUCACAAAAUUUAUAUCUAUCGGAUUUUCAGAGGCUGGAAAAAUCACCUCGACCUACGAAUUUCAAUCGAAUGAAGUAACCCCUACAACUGAUAUUGGGGGAACCGUGAGUUUGAGAUAUGGGGGAUAUUGUAUCAUUGUUGUGGAUAAUGGUAAAUUUGAUGGUAUCGUAUUUAAUGAAAAAGGUGUUUCUGGUGGAAAGUGGGGAAUGCCGGAAGAUAUUAAUUACUCCACAAAUGUCGGAGUAACCUAUAAUAAUACUGUUUACGGUAUGGAACAAAUUACAAAUGCCACAUCAUGGAGAGUUUAUUUCUCUCAACAACUACAAAAUUAUAAAUCUAAUCUAUAG